CAGCGCGUCCACGUCGACUACGCCGGUCCAAUCGAAGGCGACUAUUACCUCAUCGCCGUCGAUUCCUUCUCCAAAUGGCCGGAGAUCGUCCAAACAAAUCGUAUCACCUCGGCGGUGACCAUUUCCAUUCUCCGUGGUUUGUUUGCUCGGCUGGGUAUGCCCGUUACACUGGUCAGCGACAACGGUACCCAGUUCACAAGCGCCGAAUUUGCCGAUUUCUGCGCCUCCAACGGCAUCGAACACCUCACGACAGCCCCAUUCCAUCCACAAUCGAAUGGCCAAGCAGAACGAUUCGUGGACACUUUCAAGAGGGCCGUG